AUGAAAGCCGCGUGUGUUGUCCCAGAAGUUGCAGGCGUAUUGGAAGUCGGCGUGGUCGAAGCCGCGGCCGUUACCGCAGACGGUGACCAGCAGGGUACUGCUGUGAUGUGUCAAAAGGCCGAGGGCGCCGGGGAUGCAGGCCAAGCAAUAUUUAAGCACCUCAUCAGUUUCGCCACCAGACAAGUUAUGGCAAUGCGGUUGUAUGCUUUUGUAGACUGCGGUGUAGGGGAGACCGGCGAACCACGCCAGCAUGUCCCUGACGGUGCAGGGGUACCGGGGCUCUGUGGGAAUGUGCAAGUGGCUGGCACGCAGGUAACAUUUGAGAAAAUCGUGGAGUGCGCCCAGAGGCUCUAUGAUAUUGUCGAUGAGCUUUCUAAUCUUCUCGCCGCUGCAGUCACUGUCAUUUCGCAGUUCGCUGUGCUUAACUGUGGCGGACGCCACACGGUAGCCGCAGCCCUGGAGGAACACGCCGAGGCCGCAGCCGACGUUAAUGUUGUAAUACGCCCACUCAUCUGUGCAACCCAUUCUGAGCUUAUUGACGGCGCGGAACAAAGUGUCAGUGAUGGUCAGAAGGAUCAUGGCGCACUUGGUAGCCUCGGGGGUGUGCGUCUUUUUCGCCGCGUGGUAGAGGAUGCAGUCGUCGAAGGCUCCGUCGUAUGUUGA